AGCUGUCUUCUGAAUGUACGGAAUGCGGGUCACUUACCGGCGUACUGCCAGCGCUAGAAAGUGCCACGACUCCACACAGACAUCGACUGACUCCUCAAGCUGGGGAUAAGAUUUUUUUUUUAGUUAGUUUUUUUUUGCUGGCGUGGCGAAGGCAGUUUGGUUCGAGAUAAUCACUUCUGUUUAAACUCUUCCUGAAGUGAUUCAUCCAACGGAAAUCUGCCGCGAGAAAAGAAAGGAAGCUACCAAUCAUGGACAUCUAUGAUCCUCAGACCCUUGGAUUUGUGGUAUUUGGUGGCUUCAUGGUGUUCUCAGCCAUUGGGAUCGCUCUGGUCUCAACAUUUUCCAUGAAGGAGACCUCGUAUGAAGAAGCUAUAGCCAAGCAGAGGAAGGAGCAGGGGAAGACCCUAUCCAGCCAACGAUCAGAUAAGAAGAAAAAGGACAAGGCAGCUGAGAAGAAAAACCGUGCUAAGAAAAAGGAAGAUAAGCCCAAUGGGAAGCUCCUGGACUCAGAGGCCACUCCUGAGGUUUCAGAAGUGCCAGCUGAGCCCAGUCCUUCAACUCCUCCAGGCCCAGAACAAGUUGCUUCACCGGCACCUAAACUAGAAGUCCAAACUCAGAAGUCUCCCCAACCCAACCUUUCUCAGAAGCCCGCUUCACCUACCCUGGCUCAGAAAUCAGCUUCACCUGCUCCAACCCUGAAAUCUAUUUCACCUACCCAAAAGUCUACUACAGCUCCUCCUGCCCAGAAAUCUGCUUCACCUCCUCCUACCCAGAAAUCUUCACCUGCCCCAGCCCAAAAGUCUGCUCCAGCUGCCCCUGCACAGAAAUCCACUUUACCCGCCCCUUCUCAGAAGCCUGCUUCAAAUGCCCAGAAUGCCCAGAAAGCCACUCCAACUGCCCCUGCUCAGAAAGCAGGUCCACCUGCCCCAGACCAGAAAGCCACUCCAACUGUUCCUGCCCAAAAAGCCGCUCCUCCUUCCUCUGCCCAGAAAUCUGCUCCACCAGCCCCCACACAAAAAUCUGCCCAAACUCAAAAAGCUGCUCCAUCUGCCCUAACAAAGAACUCCUCUCAACCCGCCCCAUCCCAGAAGUCUGCUCCAACUGCCCCAACACACAAAUCCUCUCAACCUGCCCCAUCGCAGAAUGCUGCUCUGACUGCCCCAACACAGAAAUCCUCUCAACCUGCCGCAUCCCAGAAGGCUGCUCCAACUGCCCCAACACAGAAAUCCUCUCAACCUGCCCCAUCCCAGAAGGCUGCUCCAACUGCCCCAACACAGAAAUCCUCUCAACCUGCCCCAUCCCAGAAGGCUGCUCCUCCUUCCUCUGCCCAGAAAUCUGCUCCACCGGCCCCUGCACAAAAAUCUGCCCAAACUCAAAAAGGUGCUCCAUCUGCCCCAACACAGAAAUCCUCUCAACCUGCCCCAUCCCAGAAGGCUGCUCCAACUGCCCCAACACCGAAAUCCUCUCAACCUGCCCCAACACCGAAAUCCUCUCAACCUGCCCCAUCCCAGAAGGCUGCUCCACCUUCCUCUGCACAAAAAUCUGCUCCACCGGCCCCUGCAGAAAAAUCUGCCCAAACUCAAAAAGCUGCUCCAUCUGCCCCAACACAGAAAUCAUCUCAACCUGCCCCAUCCCAGAAGGCUGCUUCAAAUGACCUGACCCAGAAAGCUGCUUCACCAUCCCCAGCCCAGAAGUCCUCACCACCUGACCGAAAACCCAGUCCACCUGCCCCGGCCCCUUCACAAAAGGCUGCUACAGGUACUACCCCUCCUGCAUCCCAUCCUGCUCUUGAAGAUGCUCUACCCGCCCCAUCUCCUAAGGAUAAGAGGAAGAAGAAAUCCAAAGCAAAGUCUGCUUCAGCUGAGGUUCAGCCCAAAUCUGUGGCUCCAUUGGAGAUGGUGACCAAAAGGGUUCCUGUCAUGGCUGUGCCUCCAGUGGGUACUUCGAAAGCUGCUUCAGCAACUGCUGUGCUGGCCGAAACAGAAGAGCCCAAACAAGAAGCUCCAGCCAAGAAGAAAGGAGGCUCUAAGAAGAAGUCAGAGCCAGUGGUGGCUGCAGACCCCGCAGACAGUCCACUGUACCUGCCCUACCAGGCCUUGCUUUCCACGGUGAAGAGUAUGGUGUUCACUGAAGGAGAGGCCCAGCAGCUCAUUGAGAUUCUAGAUAAAGCUGGCGUUAUUCAAGACACAUGGCACAAGGCCACACAGAAGGGUGAUCCGGUAGUUGUGCUGAAGAAACAGCUGGAAGAACGAGACAAGCAGCUGGCAGCCGAGCAGGAGGACUCAGCAGCUGUUAAAAGCAGACUGAGGGAUUUGACUAAAGAACUCUCUGGGGAGAAGUCAAAGGUGGCGUCUGUAGAGACCAGGCUGAGCUCUCAGCUGAGUAAGCGAGAGCAGGACAUCAUUGCCCUACAAGCACGCAUGCAGGCCAGUUAUCAAGACCAUCUCGCAGAGACUCAGCAGCUUAAUGCCAAGAUCUUGGCUCUCCAGGACCAGCUGGAGAAAGGCCCUAAUGCUCAGCUGGCCCGUCUACAGCAGGAGAACUCUAUCCUCAGAGAUGCACUUAACCAAGCCACCAGUCAGACGGAAAGCAAACAAAAUGCUGAAUUGGCCAAACUGCGUCAGGACUGCAUUCGGCUGAAUAAGGAACUGGUGGAGAAGAACGAGGCCUUGCAGGCUGACGAACAGCUCAGGAAAAAUCUGGAAUCUAAAGCUACCGCGGCUGAGAAACAACUCGCCCAGCUGCAGGGGACCUGGGUGAGCAGUGAAAAGGCUCUGCAGAAGCGUCUGGAGGAUGUGAGUGAGGAGCUCCGACAGACCCAGAGCAGCAGAAACAGCCUUCAGACACAGCUUGAACAAGCUCAUAAAGAUGCCACUGCUCUAGCAGAAGCUCAAGCUCGUGUGGCCAGUAUGGAGACGGAAAAGAUAGAGCAGACCAGACAGUUAGAGAGGCUGCAGAGCCAGCUGAAACUGCUGGAGGCGAGCCAGAACAAAGAACAAAACCACAAUUCAGAGGCUUUGAUGGCUGAACUGGAGCAAGCAAAGAGCAGCCUGAAGGAUAAAGAAGAGGAGCUGAUCCAACUAAAAAACAUCAUUGCAAAUCAGGAUGAUAACACAACAGAGAUGCAGCAAUUGCAGCACAGCGUAAAAGAAAAGGACGACCAAAUAGCAACUCUUCAGGGAGAGCUCCAACAGUUUAAAGAAAAGAGUUCAGACCUCACCAGACUUGAAAACACAGAAAUGCUGGAACAGCUACAAAACAGUCUGAAAGAAAAGGAGUCUCGGGUGGCUUUAUUUGAAGAAGAGAUGAGGCACUGUAAAGAACAGUAUGACACUAAACUGGCAGAUAGCACAGCCAAACUGGAGUCACUACAUAAAAGUGUAACUGAAAAAGAGAGCCUAGUGACAUCACUACAACAGGAAGUGCAGCAGCUCACGGAUCUAAAUCAGUCACAUGGCAAGAAUUACGAAAGUUUGGAGGAUAUGCUGAAAUCUGUCCAGGCUGAGACCAAAGAAGUUCUUCACUCACUUUUCCCACACAUCAUCAUAGAAACAGCACAGACCAAUUGGCUUCAGGACUUUGCUGUGAAAGCACAAGAGGUGCUAAAUCAAAAGCAACAGAGUCAAGAAUCCCAGCAGAACACCGAGAUGGUGGAGAUAAUGGGGAAACUACAGGCAGCCCAGGAGAGUCAGAGCACAUUACAGUCUGAGUGUGAGCAGUACAGGAGCGUACUGGCUGAGACGGAGGGGAUGCUGAAAACACUUCAGAAGAGUGUAGAGGAGGAGGAGAGGGUGUGGAGGACCCAGAUAAUUGAGUCAGAAGAGAAACUAAGGAUGGCACUCAAAAAGGUGCAGGAAUUAGAAGAGACAACAGAGAGCUUGAGAGCGGACAACCCGAGGACCCAACAGCUGGAGGAGAACGUGAAGUUGCUUGAAGCCCAGUUGGAGAAACAGCUCCAGUCAGCAUCCACUGACAGCCAGAGUCAAUCUGAAGAGAUAACGCACUUGAAGCAUGUUUUAGCAGAAUCCGAAAGACAGUUGAGUGUGGCCCAGCAGGAGAUGCAGACGCAGAGGGAGGAGCUUACACAGAUCAGACAGCAACUGAGUGACGUGACAAAGCUUGCUCAGGGAGUGGGAGAGAACGGGCGGACUGAGGCAGAAGAGUGUCAGGUCCAGGCUCAGCUGGAACAGACAUUGGAAAAACUACAGGGUGAACAGGCUCUAAACCUGCAGCUUUCUGCAGAAGUGGAGCAGACUCAGGAGUCCCUCAGAAAACAGAUUCAGAGCCAUCUAGAGCAGAUGAAGUUAGCUGAAGACACUGCAGUCAUGGAGGAUGUUGCUCAGCUGAAGGAGUGUCUAGAGAAGGAGCGAAAGAUGACCAAAGAUUUGGGCCAGGCAGCCACCAAACUCCAACAACUGCUGAGAAACAGUCAGGACCAACUGGCCAGAGAGAAAGAGAGAGCCAGGACCUUGCAGGAUCAAUUGCCAGCCAAGGAGGGUGAUGGAGAGCUGAAGCAAGGCACUUCUGUUUGAUGUGCAAAACAAAAAAAAUGCCAAAAAUUGCCUUAAGAUGAUCAAAAUGAAGCAUUCCAAAAUUAGUUUUCUUCCUUUUUUUUUUUUUUUUUUUUUUUGGGCAAACUAGUCUUGGGAGAAAUAUUUUGAAGACUUUUGGGGAAAUCUAACUCCCGAAAAAAAAAUUUAUUUUGGAGAUGUGCUGGAACUAUUUUCACUUUACAUUCCAUCUGAAACCUUCUGGCUAUGUCAGAAAAUAUUCCUCAACUGCCUUAUAUAUAUUCUCAGUGUUCCCGCAUCUCUCCUCCUGAUGUCAGUGUUAAAAGGGAAACCGCAUGUACAUUAUGUGUACAUCAACUAGUGCAAUUAAUUUCUUGUAAGUGAAUGAGUAUGCAUAAUUGUAUGGUACAUGGGUACAGCAUUUGGAAUGGCCUUUCUGUAGCUGGCUUCAACACUGUAAUAAGAUUGAUAAUAAAGAAUGGCAUCCUAGCUUUAAUUUAC